AGUGAGAGGGGGUGGAGGAGGCGCUGCUGUCUGGAUGUUGACAUAUUUCUGCUCAUGAUUAAACCCGCAGCCAGGACGGAAGCGGCUGCAGCAACAUCGGAGGAAUGAGAGUGGACCGAGCCAAGACAUCUCCACCAUCAUCCUCAUCCUCAUCAUGCAGUCCGCCGAGCGAUCAUUUCCCGCGGGUCUAUGAGACAAGGAGCGCCGGAUCGUCGGGACAAGCCCCGGACAUGACCACAUAAACCGACUCCUCGCUGCGCACCGGGGAUGAAAACAGACCCAAGAUGGUCCGCAUCGCCAAGGCCCUGGGUCUGAUCAUCCUGAGCGUCGUCGUGCUCAUCCUGUCCCUCAUCAGCUACGUGUCUCUGAGGAAGGACAGCCUCUUCAGCUCCAGUAAAUAUUACGGAGGGCCCAGGAUCAUGUUCCACGCAGGAUUUCGGUCUCAGUUUGCCAUGAAUUUCUUGGACCCUUCCUUCAUCCCUUUAACAAACGCCCUGAAUGAAGAGCUCCAAGGAAAACCAUCGAAAUGGAAGUUCAACAGGACGGCCUUUUACCUGCAGAGGAAAGAUAUCUUCAGCUUCAUCAACAUUCCCAACAACUUCUCCCUCACUAAGAACAGCGUUCGUGUGGGCCAGCUGAUGCACUUUGACUACUCCAGCCAUAAGUAUGUCUUCUCCAUCAGCAACAACUUCAAGUCCCUGCUCCCAGACACCUCUCCCAUCCUCAACAGGCACUACAGUGUGUGCGCUGUGGUGGGGAACAGCGGCAUCCUAACUGGCAGCCACUGCGGCUCUGAAAUCGACCAGGCCGACUUUGUCUUCCGCUGCAACUUCGCCCCCACGGAGAUCUACUCCAAAGACGUGGGGAGGAAGACCAACCUGACCACCUUUAACCCCAGCAUCCUGGAAAGAUACUACAACAACCUGCUGACCAUACAAGACAGGAACAACUUCUUCCUCAACCUGAAGAAGCUGGAGGGAGCCAUCCUUUGGAUUCCUGCCUUCUUCCUUCACACUUCUGCCACAGUAACUCGAACCCUGGUGGACUUCUUCGUGGAGCACAAAGGCCAGCUGAAGGUUGAACUGGCCUGGCCUGGAAACAUCAUGCACGAUGUCAACAAAUACUGGAAGACUAAAAACCUCUCCCCCAAACGUCUGAGCACUGGGAUCCUCAUGUACACGCUGGCCUCCGCCAUGUGUGAUGAAAUCCACCUUUAUGGCUUUUGGCCCUUCGGCUGGGACCCCAACACAGGCAAGGAGUUGCCUUACCAUUACUAUGACAAGAAAGGGACCAAAUUCACCACCAAGUGGCAGGAGACUCAUCAGCUGCCCAGUGAAUUCAAGCUGCUCUACAAGCUGCACAGGGAAGGUGUGACCAAACUCAGCCUAACACACUGCACAUAGACUCAUCCGAUGGUCAACGACUGGAAACCAGGAGUCGUGUACUUCAGCUCUUUUAUUUGGUGACACAUAAGCAUGGUAAAUGUUAUAGGAUAGGGAAGGAUUUUCAUUCUGCAGACACAUGCCACUUUAUAAUUUCACUUGACGUCUUUCUCACUGGGAAAGUAAUCCACUCAGAAUAUUGAGGCAUCCUUCGGCUUACUGUGGCUAAACACUGACAAGGAUCUCAGCUGGAGAGUCAAAUAUUCCCAUUCUGAUUAAUGCAGAUCAGUCUCCUUUACAGUACACUGAUUAUGUAAACUGAAAUCACUGCCUAAUCUCAGGGAAGGAGUUAGAUCAGUGUUUUUUGCAAUCAGAUUUGAUGUCCAAGAUUGGUGCAGGUCAUUCUGCACUGCUGUUGAAGAUGGUAUUUGUUUACAAGACGACUCACUAUAGAUACAUGCUUGUCUUUUAGUUUUUCUAGUGUGACUGUCAGCUUCAAACAUCAUUAAGAUUCUUCAGGUCUUUGAGAUAAUAAUAUUCAACAUUCCAACAAUAAGCCAUAAAUUGAUGAACUCACAAUAUCUGUUGUCUUUAAGGUUCAUAGCUGCAGAAAGUGGUGUCGGCCUACAUACGUUUCUGGGGCUGGGCGAAUUAUUUCAACUAAACUACAAUUCCAUAAGGCCACAAUAUUAAAUCUGGGACAUUUCAGACAUAAAAACUGGUGAAGCUCGGGUCAAGUUGAACCAAAAUGUUCUCACCAUUGUAGAAUGGGUUUGACACAGUAUGAUUUUUCAUAAAACCUGUUUCCCAUUUUCUCUACUAAAUUUUAAUUGCAAUACAUGGACGUGACAAGACGAGGCUGUUUAAAAUCGCUGUAGCAUUUUUAGACAUAUUAUUAAACGUAUGCUGUUAUUUAUGGGCGUUAUAAUUAUGGUGAGUGAUAAUAAUCCCUCGAAAACUUAGAAAAUGUGUUUUUAAAGGGUUGAAGGUCUGAUUUUGUUUUCUAGCAAAGCUUACUGUUUGUCCACUAACGAAAAUUAGACACUUUUUGAUGUUUUCAUUUACUUAUUUAUUUAUUUUUUGUCUAAACUGGAAGCCAGAUGUUUUAGCAAUGAAAGACUUAAAGUGUAAUCUUCAAAUCUGAGAACUGAAGCGGUCAUAUUUUUAUUUCAAUGUAAACUGUCCAAUAACAAUGCAUGCUAGUGUGAAUUUACAAAUGUAAUAUUUUGGAUGUUAUUAAGAUAUCAUGCACACCAUUCACAUGCCAGACAAAUUUUAUGUCAUCUUGAUUAUCCUUCUACCUGAAUGAAUUUUAGCGAGCUAACAUUGGGUGGAGGAGUUUAAAUAUGUGGGAGUUCAUGAGUGAUGGUAGCAUGGAGCAGGAGAUGGAGGAACACAUUGGGACCUUGUCAUCAGUAAUGAGGGUGUUGCUUCGGUCAGUUGUGGUGAGGAAAGCGUAGAGUUAAAUCUCAAUGCUGUCGAUUUACUGGUCUGUCAAUGUUCCAACCCUUAUGGUCAUGAGGUUUGGAUCAUGAAAGAACAAGAUUCUGGAUACAAGUGGUCAAAAUUAACUUCCUUAGUAGGGUGGCUGGGUUCAGCCUUAAAAGAUAGGGUGAGGAG